ACAAUAGACACUGCUGUCUGUUGUCUCUUGUCAAUUGUCAUUUGUCAAUUUUCGAUUCCAAAAUCUUGAACAUUCAUCUAUCUACCCAGACUUUUUUAUAAAAAUUGUGUAGAAAGUAAAUACUUGUCUUAUAAGAAAUAUGUCUAUGCAAUAAUUUUACAGAAAAAAGAAAACAAUGGCGGAUAGAGAUUUGUCGCUAGGUCCUAGGGAAGGUGUAACGUACCCAAUAAAGGUACAAUACUGUGGGAAUUGUUCUAUGCCGAUAGAAUAUUGCGAAUAUUAUCCGGAAUACGACAAGUGUAAACAGUGGUUAGAAAAGAACUUACCGACUGAAUUUGAAAAAGUAAAAAUUGAUGAUGAUGAUAAUGCUGGUGGUGAAGAAGAAAAGAAAAGGCAAAAACGAGGUGGCAAGGGUAUGCUUAAAUCGAAAAAAAAAGAAGAUGUUCCAAAAUUAGUACAAGUAUCUCGAGCUCCACGAGGCAAAAAGAAAUCAGUAACUGUUGUGUCUGGCCUUAGUACUUUUGAUAUAGAUUUGAAAGUAGCAGCUAAAUUCUUUGGAACUAAGUUCGCCUGUGGAUCAUCAGUGACAGGAGAUGAUGAAAUAGUAAUUCAGGGAGAUGUAAAAGAUGAUCUAUUUGAUGUUAUUCCUGAGAAAUGGCCUGAGAUUGAUGAAGACAGUAUUGAAGAUUUAGGAGACCAAAAGAGAUAGUCAUUAUAUAAAGGAGCUUAUAUUUCCUGCUUCUGUUUUUCAAAUUAACGUGACAAUUAUUGUUGUAUGUUUUUUAUCAAUGUGAAAUAUAAAUGAACUCUUGUCA